AUCGAAAGAGCGUAAUGGUUUCAAUUCAACACUUUUCGUGUAUUUUACUACACCAAAUAAUUUUAUACAUUUUACUUUCUAGUUUGGUGACAUUAAAUUACAGAAUAUUUUUAUUGUAUUUCAGGAAAGAUGGUAGUUGAUUUAGACACGUACAGGGGAAGAAUCGGGACUUUUCGUCAUUCCCAAGGACUUACCGUCGUUACAGUUGUGUGUGUAGUAAAUUUCAGCAGAGGAUUGAAAGCAAUAGGAGCCGUUGUCUUUAUUGGAGUUUUUCUUCUCAUUGCUGGGAUCGAACCAAAUCCGGGUCCAACUAUCUUGGAUUUAUGUACGUGUUCUUCUCUAAGAACAAAAAUAAAAGUGACUGGGUUGCCAGAAAACGUAGAUGAAGAAGAUCUGCAGAAUUUCUUUGAAAACAAACGAAGGCAGGGUGGCGGAUGUGUCAAAGACGUUCAAAUAUUUGAUGACCAAAGAAAUGCAAUUAUUGAAUUUGAAGAGAUUGGAGAAAACAAACGUCUGAUGAGAACAGUGUUACAUGUAUCGUCAUGGAAAAUGACAUCGCCUUCGUAACAUUCAAAAAUGAGCUGAUAACAAAACCAAUUGUGUGCAUGGAUCGACAUACACUUGAUAAUUAUCAACAACCGAUUGUAGUAAAAUUCCACGAUCCGGAACUAUGCAGAAUACAUACAGAUGCAAUUAGUGCAACAGGCUCAUCGGAUGUUAGUUUUGAAAACACAGUCCUACAAAACCAGGGUUUGGGAUUCGACACUCACUCAGAGAAAGAGUUUUACUUUAAGAAACUUCUGGAAAGGAUAGGCCUUUCAUCAAGGAUCGAUAGGAAAAUUACCAAGACUGAAGUAUUUACUAUUGGCGUAUGUUCAUCUGAUAAAACUAAGGUAAAUGUCACAGAUUAUCCAUGGAUUUUACUUCAGAACAUCUGCACGGGACAUUGCAAUGCAAGGGACAUGGAUUUUGCCCUAUCAACAACAUAUCAUUGUCGACAGUUAUCAGAUACGCUGUCUUUUUUACAGAAUUUGGACAUUGAUUUAGAUAAACAAAUUAGCCCACUUGAUUUAUUUCUAGCAGUUUAUCAUUGUUGCGAUCAGAUGUUAAAGCAGUUAAUAUUCAAAAACCUUUAUCUUUGUAAAUUAGCAGUUCCUUUCCUUACCGAUCAGUUCUGUACAUCUAAUUCUACUCCACUUUUGUCUAUUUGGCCUCUUCGCACAUUGACACUAGAAAGUAAUAUAACCCGAGAUGAAGUUGAUUUAGGUAGCUCCGAGUUCAAUUUUUUAGACCUACCGUCAACAAUUGUUACCUUUGCCCGAUUCGGCAGACCUUCGUUUUCAAAGUCAAAAUUAUUGAACCGCUUAUUACACGACGAAACUAAUAUUACAUUUUUUAACUUUGAGUGUCCAUUUGGGACAGCAAAAAGAACAAUAAGCGACGGAUAUGUCGAAAUGUUUUGGUUACCAACAACAAAUAACGAUCGGGACAUGUUUAGCUUUCCGCUGACAUUUUUAAAUGUGCGUGGAGAUCUGCGUUUACCUUUCUGCAAAAACGUAUCGCCAUUUCUUUCCAACGUUACAGACAUUUUAUCUGUUAUUAUUGAUAUUAGGUAUCUCUUAAAAAACUGUGAUGAAGUUAAGAAUGUUAUAACGAAUUUUUGCAGUGUAAUACUUAUAAUAAGUGGUUCUUGGGAUCCAAAAGAUGACUAUACAGCAAACGGUAUAAAACAUUUUAACGCCAUUGUUAGGGAAGAGAAACCAACAUCAGAAGUACAUGUAUUGCUGACACAUAAAGGUCGCAGGGAGUUCAAUAUGUUAGAAAUGGUAGCUCACGUGUCAAAUUCAAUUGAAUCUUUCAAUAAAGCUACAGACAAAAGUACACUUGAAAUGCGUCUUUCUAGGUUACAAAAUGAUUAUGUUAUUUCUGAUGAAGAAGAAGAGCCGUGUAAAGAAGGAAAACGUUUUGCAACCGAGGUUAUUAGGGACAUUCUUAGGAUAAAUAAAUCGCCGCAAAAUUGGAAAAAAUUGAUCACGCCAGCACAGUAUUUCUAUGCACAACGUCUUGGAAACCUCAUCAAAAUGAUACACAGAGAACAAAACAUAAAGGAAAAUGAUAUAUUAAAGCAAGAAAUACAUGCAUUAAGAAAGCAACAAGUACAGAAUGUAACUUCAACUGUCAGACUUUUUGCAGGUCAUCUAUUUUCAUUAGCAAAAUCUCCUCCUUCUUUUCUCAGUUUUUUUCUUGCUUGGUUGAAAUUUUUAUAGAAAAAGAAAAUGUAAAAUAAUGCCAAAAUUGAUACAAGAGAAUAGGACUGCUUGGGAUAAGUUGGGCGACUUAAAAAGCAUGAAAAAUCCAAAUCCGGAGGAUAUAGAACGUCAAAAAGAAUGCAUUAAAAAGACAGAAAAGCAAAUACAAGAGGCUUCAUUUAAUACGGAUUUGUUUUUCCGAGAAAUAGGAUACCUUUAUGAAACUAUAAUUAUUUUAAAUAAAGAUAGUGGAACCUUAGGGCUACCCGCCGAAGAAGAUAUUAUACACGUUUGUGCAUCUCUUUUUAUUGAAGGGAAUAGUCUUGAAUUGAUUGACGGCGAAGGUUUUUAUAUGCCUGAACGAUGGAUAAGAAGAGUGUUUAAAAAAGUAUCAGAUAUAAUCGGAACGCAAAACGUUUUUACAUUGUCAGUUUUAGGCCUUCAGAGCUCUGGAAAAUCUACAUUAUUAAAUACGAUGUUUGGCUCCCAGUUUCCUACCAGUUCUGGUAUAUGCACAAAAGGUAUACAAAUGCAUUUGUUACCUUUACAAAGAAAUCACAGAUUCCAGUUUAUAUUAAUCUUGGACACCGAGGGCUUACGGUCCCCUGAACUCAGUGACGGAAAAUAUGAUAUUGACAAUCAGUUGGCCACUGUUAUUACCGGGAUAGGCGAUACAACUGUUUUGAAUAUAAUGAGGGAAAAUUCUAGCUUUGUAAGCGACAUACUACAGGUUGUAGUUCAUGCUUUUCUAUGUCUCAAAUUGGCUGAUUCGAAUAUUGAUAUAAGAAAAAGUUGUUCUUUUAUCCACCACAACGUUACAAGUGUAACGGCUCAGGAUAAAAUGAGGCCCGCUAUUUUUCACCUCAUGAGUACACUUGUUAGCGUCACGAAAGAAGCUGCUGAAAUGGAAGGUAUUUCAGAUAUUUCUGAGUUUAAUCAAAUAAUACAAAUUAAUAUGUCAUCGCAAGUUUGGUUCCUGCCUAAUCUCUGGCAGGGUUUUACACCUAUGUCAAGAAUUAAUUCUGAAUAUAGUGGGCAAGUUGCAGAUAUCAAAUGUAAACUGAUCGAACAGGCAACUUAUGAUACGAGAAAAGCUUAUGGGUCGCUUAAUGGUGUAAUAUCUCAAACAAGAGACUUGUGGAAAGGGAUUUUAUCAGAAGACUUUGUUUUUUGCUUCAGAAACAGUCUUGAAAUUCGAGCAUAUAAUUUGCUUGAGAACAAAGUUUUGCACUGGUCUUCAGAAAUGCAAUGUUUUCUCCAGGAAAAGUGUGUCGAAACAUCACAGAAAGAGUUCGCAAAAUGCGGGAACCAGAAAAAAUUGAAUGAUGCAGCAAUCAAAGUAAACACAAUAUUACUCGAUCUACUUCUAAGUAAAAAAAUUGACAUUGCGCAACAAAUGGAGGCAUUUUUCAAUAAAAAUGAUUUUGGAGAGACAGUAAGGCAAUGGAAAAACAUAACCAAACACGAAUUUGAUAAGACAUGUAAUGAAAUACUUUCAAGCUGCGAGAAGGAAACAGAAAGAUUUCGGGCAAAGAAAAGUUUUGAAAUUUUUCAAACAACCAAUAGCUUUGAACACGAAGAUAAACUUCAUAAAAAAUCAAUGAAGCUUGCCAAAAGUUUGCAUGAUCCGUCUAUUCGCCCUGACGAAAUAGACAGACAAAUUGAAAUGAUAUGGCACGAGUUUAUAAAAGAAAUAAGAGGCAAGGAUCAGGUCCCAAUGGUUUAUUUCUUUAGACAACGACUGUAUGAACUUUUCAGGAAUGAACAGUCGUUACUUGAGUUGAUAAAACAGAAAAUUUUAUGAGUACGCUAAAACUAACUCUGACUUAAUCAGUGUACCUGGCAUCAACUUGGAUGACAUAUAUAAGUUGGUAAAUAUUUCCAAAGACGAUCCAUAUAUAAAUCAUGCGUUAGCCAAUAUAGAGUGUUCAAUACGUGCAUACUGCAGAGGCUCUGAUGGUUUUUACGAGAGGUACAGAAAGAACUUGAAUGCAUUGGUAAAAAUAGGAUUGUGCCUCGGGAGCAACCGUUAAUUAACGAAGUAUUAGUACAUGUUAGUUGUUAUGCAUCACGUCAGUUUGAUCAACAUAAUUUAGAUCCGAAGACAAAGCAUAGUGAGAAAAUAUCCCUGAAAGAUGUUGUCUGUAGUUACCUGAACCAGUUGUUCUCAAAUGAAAAACAGAUAUUAGGGCAAGAGAUGAAUAAAGAAUCUGUUGCAGUGAAAAACUUAAAGUUCAAUAGUAUAAAAAUAUCAUCAUCCGAUAUCAGCAUACCACAAUCCAUAGUAAAAACAACAAAAUUGAGUGACUCAGACAUACUGUGCC